CUCUGCGUCUAUAAGCGCCCGCCUCGUCCUAGUGUUCUACAAGAGCUGACUUACAUUGGAGCCAUGAACACACUAACGACCUUCCUCUUCUCCUUGUUAUGCAGCUCGUCGGUUUGGAGUGGAUACCUAGAAUACGACCAAGAUGUUUUAUUGCCAAAGGACUGGAUUGAUGUAGGUCGGGUCAGUCCUACAGAGGAGCUGGAGCUGACCUUUGCACUGAAGCAGCAAAACAUUCACAUGCUGGAGGAAACGCUCAGGCUGGUCUCAGACCCUGACUCAUCACGAUAUGGGAAACACCUUAGUCUGGAUGAAGUCGCCAGCCUUGUGCGUCCAUCCCAACUGACCCAGAAGGUGGUGCAUCACUGGCUGCAGAGUCAUGGGAUUACAAACUGCCAAACUGUUCACACUCAGGACUUUUUACAGUGCACCAUGACUGCAAAGGUUGCAGAGACACUGCUUCCUGGCAGUAGAUUCCACCGUUACAUCAGAGAUGGUCAAUCUGUGCUGAGGUCCUCGGGCCCUUACUCUGUUCAUGAUGAUGUUCACCAGCACCUUGACUUUGUUGGAGGACUUCAUCGUUUACCUCCCAAAGGAAAGGACCUGAGUAAAGCCUCAUCUGAACGCCUUAAGACUGGGGUGCACCUGGGAGUGACUCCCACCAUCCUAAGGUCUCGCUAUAACCUGUCAACAACAGAUGUGGGAACAGCGCAGAACAACAGCCAGGCUGUAGCUCAGUUUUUGGAGCAGUACUAUCACCCAGCAGACCUGGCUGAGUUCAUGAGCCUGUAUGGCGGUGGCUUCAAGCAUCGGUCUGCAGUUGACCGAGUCGUAGGCAAGCAGGGAGGCGGAAAAGCUGGCAUUGAGGCCAGUCUGGAUAUAGAGUACAUCAUGAGCACAGGGGCAAACGUCUCGACUUGGUUCUUCACCAAUCCAGGGCGUCAUGAGUCGCAAGAGCCUUUCCUCCAGUGGAUGGUUCUCCUUAGCAACAUGUCUGACCUGCCUUGGGUUCAUACCAUCAGCUACGGUGAUGAUGAAGACAGCCUGUCUGUCGCCUACAUGAUGCGUAUAAACACAGAGUUCAUGAAGGCCGGGGUCAGGGGCAUCUCCCUGCUCUUUGCUUCAGGUGACAGUGGUGCUGGCUGCAAACACACGGGGUCAAAACAAAACACCUUCAGGCCAAGUUUCCCUGCGUCAAGCCCGUAUGUGACAACAGUAGGAGGAACCUCAUUCAAGAACCCAUUUAAAGUUACGUAUGAAGUUACAGAUUAUAUCAGCGGAGGAGGCUUCAGCAAUGUUUUCACGAUGCCUGAUUAUCAGAUCAGUGCAGUGAACGGGUACAUGAAGACUGUAGCUGCAUCCCUCCCUCCUCAGUCAUACUACAACGCCAGUGGAAGGGCGUAUCCAGACAUGGCUGCGCUGUCAGAUAACUACUGGGUGGUCAUCAACAGAGUACCUACCCCCUGGGUGUCUGGGACCUCGGCGUCCACCCCAGUGGUGGGAGGGAUGUUGUCUCUCAUCAACGACCAGCGGCUGCUGAAGGGUCUUUCCCCCCUGGGCUUCCUCAAUCCUCGCCUAUACAAGCUCAAGGGACAGGCCCUAUUUGAUGUGACUGAAGGCUGUCACCUGGCCUGUCUGGAUGAACAGGUCCAGGGCAAAGGUUUCUGUGCUGCUCCUUCAUGGGACCCUGUUACAGGUUGGGGGACACCAGACUACCCUGCACUGCUCAGCGCUCUGCUGGACAACUGAAUACUGGCCAUUUUAAAUCAUGUAACAAUCAGGACAGUUCCAGCUCUGAGACCAGGUACUACAGUCAUGUCAAAACUCCAGAGGGGGUACCUAAUGCCAAAGGCAGGAAAAUGAAAUCCUAAAUUUAUGCAUCUUUAUUUUAUUCACAUGCCCACUAACUAUGCGGGAACAAGUUAAUCUGUCCAUCUCAAGGAUACAUGUGACUUACUUCUUCAAAAAGGCUUAAAACUGUUGUCUUGCAUACUUUUACGUCAGAGUUUAUUUUGGUUUUAGACUUCUAAUGCUACACUGCAGUUGCCUGUUUCUGCUGUUCACUGCGUUUUUACUGACCCAGAUUUUUCUGUGCAUCUCUAAGACACAAAUUUGCAGGCAAAUCGGUGUUAACAGUAAUCUUACACUUAAGAUUCUUGCUGCUAAUUACACAGCAAUAGGAGAAGAGGAUAAACUAGUCACUAUGCAUAACAAUAAGUAUACAUAAAAAUAAGAUAGAGGCCUAUUUGAGUAUUUUUAUAAGAUAGCAUUCUGUGAUAUCACCAAAAUCUAUAUAUUAGAUUUUUUUUUUUAAAUCAAUGAGUAAACUUUGCAUGUUCAAGGACCGAAUUUUGGUUUGUACUCAUCUGAAAUGGACAUACACAUAGUAUGUUAUGUUUGCCAUACGAUUCUGCAGGGAUUAUUUAGAUACAAGUAAGUUAAUUACCUUCAGUGACAAACACUUGCAUGCAAUUGUCAAGAUACGACUCAUACACUGACAUUUGAAAUAAAACAGGAACAUUCAAGGUGAGGUUUAAGACUAAGUGGACCUUUUUUUUUUAACAAAAAACAAAAACCUAAUUUUUUAUAUUUGUUUGCUGUUAUUGUAUCUGAAGCAGCCAAAUGCACUGUAAUGUGGGUUAAACGGCAAAAACACCCACCGGCAUAGUUGCACUUGUUAAAUCGUAAAUCAUGUCUGUUUCACGUGAAUGUGUUUUUUGUGAACAUUUGAUAAAAUGUAUUUUGCUUUUAAAUUGCUUGCUGUGGGUGUUACCUUGAAAUGUGUGUGUGAAAGCAAAACUGGAUGCUUGAAAGUGUUAAGUGUGAGGCUCAAGAAAAAAAAAAGUAUUUUCAAGAUACUGAUGGAUGCUGCUGGAAAUAAGGUUCUGCACUGUUACUAAUACAGACCUGAUUGCAAAACUGAGUCACGUUUGUGAUGUAAAAUGUCUCAACUAGAUGGCAGAAAAAGAAUUUCCAAUGCAAAUUUAUUUCCUCCUGUCUAAUGUAUCAUGUUUUGUCAUCACAUUUUCAGGAGUUUGCAUUGUGAUGUUUUUAACUAGACACCAUUAUAUAAGAUGUCAAGAUCCAGUAUAACUUGUGUAUUUGCAGUCACAUGAAGAAUAAAAGAUCACAUUUGUUACA